GGCAACGAUUCAAACAAAGUUGAAAACAAGAGCAGGUGGGUGGGUGCACACCAUGUGUACGUUAAUAGUGUAAUGAUAGUGACAGCACCAACACGGUGUACCCACGCCAGCGCACAUUAGCAUCACCCCUUGAACCUUCAUCCCACUUUUAUAUUUAUACAACAAACACACACAAUAACAAGUUAACAACUCCCCUCCGUUAAAAACCACGGUACGCCGGCCACCCCAGCGCACAUUAGCACCAACCACAUGGAUCUCCAUCGUAAACCUCCACGUCCUCCUUCCACCACCGCAUUCAACAACCACAAAUCCGACACAACCGGUAACAAAUCCACCGUUGACCGGUCAACGUCACCGGUUCCAAAAGCUUCCGAUGCGUUACCGCUUCCGUUAUACCUAACCAACGGCAUUUUCUUCACGCUGUUCUUCUCCGUCGCGUACUACCUCCUCCACCGGUGGCGCGAUAAGAUCCGCUCAUCUACGCCGCUUCACGUCGUCACGUUGUCCGAACUCGCCGCAAUCGUCUCUCUCAUUGCGUCGUUCAUCUAUCUCCUAGGGUUUUUCGGCAUCGAUUUCGUUCAAUCGUUCAUCACCACCGCACGCGACGGUUACGACAACGAAAACGAAGUAGAUCUAGUAGAAGACGAUUCCGAAACUUCUAAACCUAAACCUAAAGUUACAGGUAUAGAUCUAGUACCUUCGAUUGCUUUAAUUUCUGAAGAAGAUGAACAAAUUGUUAGAGCAGUAGUUUGCGGAUCUGUUCCGUCGUAUUCUCUAGAAUCGAAGCUUGACGAUUGCUUCAGAGCGGCGGCGAUACGACGGCAGGCGGUGGAGAGGAUCACCGGAAGGUCGUUGUUAGGAUUACCGUUGGAAGGAUUCGAUUACAAGUCGAUUUUAGGGCAGUGUUGUGAGAUGCCGAUAGGAUAUGUGCAGUUACCUGUAGGAAUUGCUGGACCGUUGUUGUUGAACGGUUGUGAGUAUAUGGUGCCUAUGGCGACUACCGAGGGGUGUUUGGUUGCCAGUGCGAAUAGAGGUUGUAAGGCGGUUUAUGCUUCCGGUGGAGCUACCGCGAUUUUGUUGAAGGAUGGGAUGACUAGAGCGCCCGUUGUUCGGUUUGCUACGGCGGAACGAGCGUCGCAGCUUAAGUUCUUUUUAGAAGACGCUGUUAAUUUUGAUACGUUGAGCGUCGUUUUCAAUAAAUCAAGCAGAUUUGCGAGGCUUCAAAGUAUUCAGUGCAAUAUUGCCGGGAAAAAUCUGUAUAUUAGAUUUACUUGCAGCACGGGUGAUGCAAUGGGGAUGAACAUGAUAUCGAAGGGUGUUCAAAACGUGUUAGAUUUUCUUCAAAAUGAUUUUCCAGACAUGGAUGUGAUUGGUAUUUCUGGAAAUUUUUGCUCUGAUAAGAAACCAGCAGCAGUUAACUGGAUCGAAGGGCGGGGAAAGUCUGUUGUUUGUGAGGCGGUCAUAACCGAAGACAUUGUUAAAAAAGUGCUUAAAACCACAGUGCCUGCACUCGUAGAACUCAACAUGCUUAAAAACCUUACUGGUUCAGCAAUAGCGGGUGCUCUUGGCGGCUUCAACGCCCAUGCCGCCAACAUCGUCUCUGCGGUCUUUAUCGCCACUGGUCAAGAUCCCGCCCAAAACAUUGAGAGCUCUCAUUGCAUAACUAUGAUGGAAGCCGUUAAUAAUGGAAAAGAUUUGCACGUAUCAGUAACCAUGCCUUCUAUUGAGGUUGGUACAGUUGGAGGUGGGACACAACUAGCCUCACAGUCCGCAUGCUUGAACCUACUUGGAGCCAAGGGUUCGAACCGGGAGGCACCAGGGGCAAAUGCUCGGCUGUUGGCUACGGUGGUGGCGGGUUCGGUGCUAGCCGGUGAGCUGUCGUUGAUGUCUGCUAUAGCAGCCGGACAGCUGGUUAAGAGCCACAUGAAAUACAACAGAUCAAACAGGGAUAUUGCAUCAACGGUUUGAAAGCUUUUGCAGUUGGCAUUUUGUUAAUUGUGUUUGUGUAUCGAUCAGUCAGUGUAUGUAUGGUUUUAUUUUUUGAUGGGAAGUUUAAUUAUUUUUUACUCGUCAUGCCAUAUUUUUUUUGGCUGUUUGGUGUAUGAAGUUUAUUUAUUUAUUUUACGAUAAAUAAUUUAUUUUACUUCA